AUGCACGAAAAUGGUGUUGCAAAGUCACAACAUACAGUAGUACCUAAUGUCAAAAAUGAAGAUGUACCUGCCAAAAAAUUGCCACAACAUAUUGCCAGUUUCUUAUCAUGUCUUGGAACAUUAACGUCUGGCAUGAUAAUAGGAUGGACCUCCUCUGCCGGUACUGAUGGAAAGUCACUAGCAUCUGUAUACAAUAUAGAAAUAUCUUCAACUGACUUUUCAUGGAUUAGUUCAAUAACUACACUUGGAGCAGCACUGAUGUGCAUUCCUACUGGGAUGCUCUGUGAUAUCCUGGGGAGAAAGAAAGCAAUGCUUUCAAUGAUAAUACCCCUUACUAUGUGCUGGCUGCUUAUCAUUUUUGCCAACUCAGUACUUAUGCUUUUUAUUGGCAGAUUCAUUGGUGGUAUUAGUGUUGCAGCCUUUGGUGUAACUACACCUAUAUACAUAUCAGAAAUAGCUGAGGAUAAAAUACGUGGAAGUUUGGGAUCUUAUUUUCACUUAUUCUUCACUGUAGGCAUUUUAUUAUCUUAUAUAAUUGGAAGUUUUGUCAACAUGUAUACAUUAUCUAUUAUAUCUGCUAUCGUGCCGUUUAUAUUUUUUGGAACUUUCAUGUUCAUGCCAGAAUCGUCUAUAUAUUAUUUGCAAAAAGGUGACGAAGAUUCCGCGAGAAAAAGUUUAAUUAAAUUACGUGGCGAUAAAUACAAUGUAGAGGACGAAUUGCGAAAGCAACGGAAAAUGCUUGAAGAAAAUGCUAAGAUCAAAAAAUCGUUUUCCGUUUCGAUAAAAUCGAGGGCUACUAUAAAAGGUUUCAUAAUUUCUAAUGGCCUCAUGUUUUUUCUACAAUUCUGCGGUAUAAAUGCGAUUAUCUUUUACGCUGCCAGUAUUUUCGAUCAAACUGCCAGUACUUUAAACGCCAGUAAUUCAAGUAUUAUUGUGGCUUUAAUGCAAGUAGUAACUGUCUUUGUAACCUCAUUGAUUAUAGAUUGUGUAGGUAAAAGAAUAUUGUUGAUAUUGUCUGCAAUAUUCAUGUGCCUAUCAACUGCUGCUCUUGGAGCAUAUUUCUAUCUUCUAGAAAAUGAGAAGGAUGUUGGUGCAAUUAAUUGGUUACCUUUAGCAUCAGUAUGUACCUUUAUCAUUGCGCAUAACGUCGGUAUCGGAACCAUCCCGUGGGUGAUGCUGGGUGAACUGUUCGUCCCAGAGGUAAAAAGCGUAGCUGCAAGUAGUGCUGUUGUGUUAUGCUGGCUAUUUGCCUUUUUUGUAACUAAAUGUUACGACGAUGUAAAAAAAGCUAUUCAUACGGGCCCUACAUAUUGGUUACUUUCUGCAAUAAGUGCUAUUGGAACUUUGUUUGUAUAUUUCGUAGUUCCCGAGACUAAGGGGAAAUCUUUCACAGAAAUCCAGCGAGUAUUGAAUAGGUCGUGA